AUGGAGCACGGUUGCGACAUCAGAUUCACGAACAACAAUUUGCGGAUCCGUCAACAAGCUUCCAUUCGCACACUGAUUGAAAAACAAACCAUGGAGCACGGUUGCGACAUCAGAUUCACGAACAACAAUUUGCGGAUCCGUCAACAAGCUUCCAUUCGCACACUGAUUGAAGCAAUUAUUGGAUUAGAUAGAUUCCUUUCAUGUGCAUUUUCUGAUCGGUUUUGCUUGAAUGGGAAAAUAGAGGGAAACAAUGUUGGAAUUUUGAAGGACGGGAACGUGGAAAUUGGAGAUGAAACGGAGAAAUUGAGAACAUAUAAUGGUCCUGUGAAGGAUAAGAAAGUGAAACAGCCAAGUGGUAAAGGUGUGAAUGCAGGUUUGGUGAGAAAGAACAAAGUCGGGAAAGAUGAAGAGGUGGCAGCAACAGUGGCUGUUUCGAAUGGUACUUUGAGUUUAGACUCGAAUCUGAGGCAGGCGGUUAAGAGCAGACUGUUGAAUGACAAGCACACUCGAUUGAACAAGCAAGCGGGAAAGUCUGAUGCAGUGUCUUCUGAAGCACCAAUAUUUAGCCAUAGCAUUGAAUGCUACAAGCAACGGUUAUUGGCAGUUAUAGCACUGAAUGCUACAAGCAAUGGCAGAUUGGGAUAUCUAAAUAGUGGUCUUCCACACAGACAGCGGUAAGCGGGUUGCAUAUGAUUGGAGUGUCGUGUUCACAUCUAAGG